AUGACACAACGUUAUGAAGAUGGCAUGACUAUUGUUCUUAAUGGCGGUAAACCAGAUAUUUUUCUAUCAAUGACAUGCAAUCCUUCUUGGAGUGAGAUAACAUCAAAACUUUUGCCUUUUCAAACACCACAAGAUCGUCCAGAUUUGCUAAAAAGAAUAUUUCGUUCGAUGUUUGAGAAAUUGAAGGAUGAUGUUAUUAAUAAAGGAGUCUUGGGUAAAGUUAAAAGCUACAUGUAUGUCACUGAAUUUCAAAAGGGAGGACUGCCGCAUGUGCAUAUGUUGUUGGUCUUAGAAAGUAACGAUAAGUUGCGUGACCCAAAAGAUUAUGAUAAGAUUUGCAGUAGCAUUAAAAGUAUCAAGUAUCUAUACAAAUAUGUGUACAAGGGCCCUGAUCGUGUGGCUAUGGAGGUUCAUAAAGGAUCAUACAUGGAUGAAGUUCAGCAAUAUGUUGAUGCAAGAUGGAUUUGUGCUCCCGAGGCAUUAUGGAAAAUAUUUCUAUUCACUCUUUACUGA